AUGCUUCGUGCGAUGGUCCCAGUGACACUGUGCCGAUCAGCGACUUUUAUCGAUACACCGAUUCGUGAAAGUGUGGAGAAUUUGGGUGGUUCCUAUAUAGCAGAACCACAAACUUAUAUCAGAAGAUAUGCGACUCAAACGCCAGCCUAUACUGUUGCUUAUGAAAACUAUGUCAAUCCUAGCUAUGUCCAUUACAGCAAUGCAAAACAACAUGACAGCAGUGAUAAAGCAUUAAAAUUUGCCCGUGAAUUACGAGAUCAAGGCUUAACGAGAACUCAGCGAAUAGCAAAUGCCUUUCAAGAAUCGCAUAUAAGAAGUACAGUACCACCUCAAACAAUUGAAUCAGUCUAUCGUGUAUGCGUAAGAAUUUUGUGUUUUGGGUAG